CUUGACAAAGGUCUGGUGGUUUUCCUUUGACCAUGUCCCGACGAAGCCAGCGCCUUGGAACUGUUCGUUAUUACCAAAAUGAAGAUGAUGACAACAGCAGUAAUAGUGGAGGGAGUUCAUUGCUGGGUAGUCAGCACAUCCUAUUUAAAGAUGGCUCCGAAAGCCGGAGCAUGAGAAGGAAAUCAAGCAGUGUGAAGCGGCCGUCUCCGGCUCCUAGCCUGGGAAGCAACCCUGCUGCCCAUACCACCUCCUAUUAUAGCGAGUCUGUGGUCAGCGAAUCUUACCUGGGGGAUGGCAGGGGACUUUCUGUCAGAAGCAGCGCCAUCUUGGAUGAUCCACUAGACCACAAUUCUUACUGGAGCGAGGAGCUGUCAACGAGGAGGAGGAGAGGUACUGGAGCCUCAGAGUUCAGUAAAAAAAUCAAUGGGCUGGUUGAAAGGAAAACCUACGACACCUAUGCCUCAUCAUCUGGCUACUCCUCUGAGGAUGACUAUGCAGGUCACACCUACUUGGACCAGAACACUUCUGGUUCCGUGCUGAGGAAUGCGCUCUCCAAAGCAGGCUCUUUUCUGUGGCUGGUGCUUACGUCACCAGGUCGGGUCUUUGGAUUGCUAUACUGGUGGAUGGGGACCGCGUGGUACCGCCUGACCACUGCAGCCUCUCUGCUGGAUGUCUUCGUCUUAACACGGAGCUAUCCGAUCCUGAAGAAGCUCCUCUUGCUGCUGCUCCUGUUGCUGCUCCUGACUGCCAUUGGCUACGGCGCCUGGUAUUUUUACCCCUUUGGACUCCACCCAUCUGUGUUUUCUUGGGGAUCUGUGAAGCUGUCUUCUCCUGUUACCAAAAAGGGAGAUGAAGCAAGAGAUUUUGUUGCAUUCUCGGAGGGACAGCAGCAGGUUUUGUCUCGGCUUCAGGCAGUGGAGAGACAUCUUGAGAGCCUGGAAGGUGCAGUUUCAGUGCUGGAACUGCAAAAGGGGGGGAAGACAGUGGAAGGGGCAGCUCUGUCUCAUGACGAUACCCUGUCACUUCUGGAUGGGCUGGUGAGACGACGAGAAACCAUCUUGAGAGAGGAGUUCCGUGCAGAGUCAGACCUUCACCUCCAGAAUGAGUUGGAUGCUUUUCGAUCCCAGCUACGGAAGGAUUUUGACAGUCUCUUGAAGAAAGUAUCCCAGGCUUCAGAGGAGACAGAAACUCGGAUGCUCCAAAUGACUUCACAGUGGCAAAGCUCUACACAAGAAGGUCUGAUGGGUAAUUUCCGAAAGGAGAUGGAAAGGCUGGAGGCGCAACUGACAGGCCUGAAAAAGGAAUUCAUGGUCUUGGCCUCGGAUCAGAAAAUGUUGUCAAAACACGUGGAUUCUUUCCCAGGACAGAUCAAGGAAAUGCGGGAAGAUGUGGAAAUCCAGUUUCCAAUAUGGCUCAGCCGAUUCCUAUCCCAGGCUAAAAGGGACGGGACAGGCAGUCUGUUUCUCCAUCGUGAAGAAUUAGAGGAACAGCUCCUCAACCUGGAGCAGAAGAUCCUUGCCAAGGUCUCUGAGGACCAGCAGCUCUCUGCGCGAGACAUUGGGGUGGUACUCCAAAAGCAGGGUGUCAUAGGAGUAACAGAAGAGCAAGUUCACCACAUUGUCAACCAGGCCCUGAAGCGCUACAGUGACGAUCGCAUUGGAAUGGUUGAUUAUGCUCUUGAAUCUGCAGGGGCCAGUGUUAUCAGCACCCGGUGCUCAGAAACCUAUGAGACCAAGACUGCAUUGCUUAGUCUCUUUGGGAUCCCCCUGUGGUACCACUCCCAGUCUCCACGAGUCAUUCUGCAGCCAGAUGUCCACCCUGGGAACUGCUGGGCGUUCCAAGGCUCCCAAGGCUUUGCUGUCAUUCGCCUUUCGAGCAACAUCCGUCCCACAGCUGUGACGCUAGAACACAUCUCCAAAGCCCUCUCUCCCAAAGGGACCAUUCCCAGCGCCCCCAAGGACUUUGCGGUCUAUGGCUUAGCAGAAGAAGGGCAGCAAGAGGGCACCCUCCUUGGCCAGUUCACGUACAGCCAGGAUGGGGAUCCCAUCCAAACAUUCCACUUGCAGGAUGAAGGCAGGAUUGCAGCUUUCCAGCUUAUUGAGCUUAGAGUUCUCAGCAACUGGGGCCACCCGGAGUACACCUGUAUUUAUCGUUUCCGCGUGCAUGGGGAGCCGGUCCCUUAACCCCUCCUGCAUGCCGCAGCCUUGCUCACUGGCUACCUCAAGUUCUGCGCCUCAGACUGACAAAAGGCAGACGGAGAAAAGCAGUGUUGGAAAGGAGAGCAACUUGGGAUGAGUGACACUUCUUUUUGUUACGAGGGGAAGCAUGGAGACUUAAAUUCCUGUCCUGGUAAAUUGGUUCUCUCCUGAGGGCAGGGGUCGGGGUACCUUUCAGUAUGCAGAGGGAGAAAGAGGGCUUCUUGAUUUUUGGUAUUUUAUAUUCAGCUUUUUGAAAAAAACAAAAGCCUAUGCAGUUCAUCUCUUCCCCCUCCACCAUCAAGAAAAAAGUUUCUGGGUGUUCCUUUAGAAAGCUGUGUCAUGAUACUGUCAUAGUUCUAUCAGUGUUUAUGUAAUUAUAUUAUAUUGGGGGGUGGGGGUGGGAU